CGUAACAUGACAGUAGUGUUUGGUAACGCUCCAGUCCCUCCAGUGGACAUGAAGAAGACUGACUGUGGGUCUGAACACGUCUCCAUGGAAACCAACAGCAACAGAGAGGCGAGGCUGUCGUCUGCAGCUGACUGAAGAGGAGGAAACACUCUGACUUGUGGAGGAAGAAGUACUCUGAUAUUUUACUGAGUUACUCUGGAUGUCAAACCCCUCUGAUACAGACUAAAGUGUGGGGAUGACGUCCAGACGGACGGCGGCCUGUCAGGCUGCACUGCUUCCUGUGUUUGUGGGUAAACUGAGGUGUAACGUCACGUUUGUGGUGGAGAGCUCAGAGGACAUGAGAGCUGCUCUGGGGUCAGUGAAGCGGCUGCUGAUUCAGACGCUGCUGAUGAAAGCUUCUCUCAGAGACUCUCUGUUCAACAUCCUGACCUUCUCAGAGAAGGUGACGAGCUGGUCCCACCACAUGCUCCCCUGUGCUCCGGACACCGUCUACAUGUCUCUGUCCUGGAUCCACUCCAUCAGCUGUGGCCCCGGCAGAGACCUCCUGGCGGCCCUGAGCGUGGCCCUCUCUGACUCCGCCUGUCACUGCGUCCACCUGCUCUGCACUGACCUCCCCGACCAACCGCAGGCCGUCCUGGCAGCUCUGCCCGUCCUGUCAGCAGGGAGGCCCGUUAACGUCUUCUACCUGCAGGACUCAGGUGUUCACCUGGACAGACACACCUCAGACUACCUGCAGUGUCUGAGCCGCGCCACCAGGGGGAGCUGUUACAUGAUUCCUGUUGGUGUGAGUGGCGUGCUGGAGAAGAUGUUUCCUGUCGUGGAAAGUGAGUCAUCAGAGCCAGUCAGGUGUCUCUGCUCAUUAAAUCUACACAGCAUGUCGUCCCCUCUGCUCAGGUGCAGUCUGGGUAAUCCUUACAUGCUGUCUGGUCAAACACUGGGCGCUCCGGAGUUUUUCCCAGGAUGCCGAGUGCUGGCCAGGAGGGAGGUGGACGGUUUCUACUACGUAGGAACUGUGAUACAGGAAGUACAGGGCCGAGGAGGAGGAGGAGGAGGAGGAGGAGGAGGAGGAGGAGGAGGAGGAGGAGUUUGGGUCGUGGAGUUCGACCAUCCAGGAGGAGCUGGUUUGGGGGUCGUCUCCUCUCAGAAGCAGCUGGUUUGUUCUCUCGACAUGUUGAACCUCAGCAAACGUCACACACGCUGUCUGGUACCUGGUGAUGCUGUCCUGUCGCCAUGGGAACCAGAUCUGAGGAGAUACGGGCCGGGGAGAGUGAUGGCCGCCGCACAACGCAAAGAUGGUUUAGGAGCUGAUGGUUUAGGGAGCGUUCAGGUGCUGAUGUGGAACAGCUGUGUGUCUCUGGUCCCCUGCAGCCUGGUCUCGUCCAUCUCGUCCCCUCAACAUGACAGAAUCGUCAGAGAGCUCCACGUCAUGACCUUGGCCUCCGGACGGGGCAGCAGCUGGCUCUGUGCCCGCUCCUCCUCCUCCUGCUGUCAGCCUUCAUCCUGCUGCUCCGUCUCAAACCUCCCGCCAUGUUUCUGUCCACCCAGCUGUGCGUCCAGCUCUGGAGGACGGGACGGGCCUGAGAGGACGGAGGGAGACAAACAGCUGGACCUCAAAGAUACAGAUGUGAGGAGGAGCGACCCCGAGGUGCCCUCCUCCUCCUCCUCCUCCUCCUCCUCCUCUUCGUCUCUCUGUGAAGGUGGGAGCAGAGCGGUGAAGCUGAGGAGUAAACAGCAGCGUCCUCCCUGGAGGUACUGGAGACAAACCGGUCCAGAGCCUCAGCACACACAGCCAGGCAGCGCGGCGCAGAGGAGAACACCACAACCCGCCAGGUUCCCGUUCCCCGUUCCUCAGAUCAGCGCCUCGCCCAAUCACAGCUCUCUGUUUCAGUCACUUCCUGCUGCUAAAGGAAGACGAGCUGACAUCAGAGAUGUUUUAGGAACCAGCAGCUUCAAACCUCGACCGCCGGCUGGACUGCGACCGUUCUCUGGAGACGCCACUGUUUACACAUGAUGUCAGAG